UGAAAUCAUCCGCUGAUUAGUCUGAGCAGCUUCACAAAUUCGAACGCAUCCAUUAUUUUCAGUGGCGCUUUAACGCGAAACAGGAAACUCAUGAAUAUUCAUGUUCGCUCCGCCUAUAGGGUCACCGAAAAUCACAACACCGUGCGAUCGGCCUCUAGCCCCGCCCCUGCGGGUAAACCAAUACAUUGUGGCCCGCUCCAGCUAGUGAACAUAAACACGAGGCUGCUGUACAUGGAAGUUAAAAGAAGUGAAGAAACAGGAGACGGACUGAGUCGGGACAAACGUAACCUGAAACGGAUAAGGAGGCUUUGAGAACUGCUGGAUAACAAGACCUAUAACAGAUCUAAUGGAACUGAAAGAAACAUCAGUAUAUCCUCAUUGUGGAAAGGGAUGUGAAAGUAAAGAGCACAUAAGAAUCCACACUGGAAAAAUGCCUUUCACCUGCCCUCAGUGUGAAAAACAUUUCUCAAGCCAAGGAAGACUUACAGCUCACAUGAGAAUUCACACUGGAGAGCGUCCAUACACGUGUGUUCAGUGUGGAAAGAGUUUCGCAAAUAAAAGAAAUCUUGAUGUCCACAUGAGAAUUCACACUGGAGAGCGUCCAUACUUGUGUGUUCACUGUGGAAAGAGUUUUACACACAAAAAAUGUCUUGAUGUCCACAUGAGAAUUCACACUGGAGAGCGUCCAUACUUGUGUGUUCACUGUGGAAAGAGUUUUACACACAAAAAAUGUCUUGAUGUCCACAUGAGAGUUCACACUGGAGAGCGACCAUACACCUGUUCUCAGUGUGGAAAGAGUUUCAUACGAAAAAACAUUCUUGAUGUCCACAUGAGAGUUCACACUGGAGAGCGCCCGUACACCUGUUCUCAGUGUGAAAAGAGUUUCUCAGAUAAAAGAAAUCUUGAUACCCACAUGAGAACUCAUACUGGAGAGCGUCCAUACACCUGUUCUCAGUGUGGAAAGAGUUUCAUCCAAAAAAUCAGUCUUGAUGUCCACAUAAGAUGUCACACUGGAGAACGCCCGUACACCUGUCCUCAGUGUGGAAAGAGUUUCACACAAAAAAUCAGUCUUGAUGCCCACGUGAGAACUCACACUGGAGAGCGUCCAUACACCUGUGUUCAGUGUGGAAAGAGUUUCACAGAUAAAAGAAAUCUUAAUACCCACAUGAGAGUUCACACUGGAGAGUGUCCAUACUUGUGUGUUCACUGUGGAAAGAGUUUCACACAAAAACACAAUCUUGAUGUCCACAUGAGAAGUCAUACUGGAGAACGACCAUACACCUGUUCUCAGUGUGGAAAGAGUUUCGCAGAUAAAAGAAAUCUUGAUGCCCACAUGAGAAUUCACACUGGAGAGCGUCCAUACUUGUGUGUUCACUGUGGAAAGAGUUUCACACAAAAAAAAUGUCUUGAUGUCCACAUGAGAACUCACACUGGAGAACGCCCAUACACAUGUGUUCACUGUGGAAAGAGUUUCACACAAAAAAAAUGUCUUGAUGUCCACAUGAGAACUCACACUGGAGAACGCCCAUACACGUGUCCAGUGUGAAAAGAGUUUUAGAUACAAAAGAAAUUUUGCGAACCACAUGAAGAUGCCCAUACACCUGUUCAGAAAGUGAAAAGUAGUCUUAAGAAACAUGAGCUAAAAUUCAUAUUAACGUGCGCCUGUACACAUGUCUGCGGUGUGGAAGUAGUUUGACAAAUAAAGGAAAACUUACUGUAGA